GGGGACAAACCCCGGACAUGUCCCCAGGGGCCACUGCUGCCUGCCGGGGGCCGCGGGCAUGGGGACACGGGCAGGGAAACUGGAAUUUUCCUCGGGGACAGAAGCAACAAAGCCCAAGGGGGAAAAUGAGCCCGGUCAGCAGCGCUUUGUUCCAUCCUGUGAGGGGCAAGGCAGGAGCGUAGGGAAGUCCCCUCUUCCCUCAGCCAAAGGCAGGUCCAGGAUGGAACAUUCCUGCUCGCUCCUGCUGCUCUGUGCUAGUUUCACUUUUGCACAAGCUCUGCCACCCAAUGGAACCGAGCUGCCCAGAACAACCACGACCACCAACUCCACGGAGGAGAACACCCUGCACAAGGAGCUGCUGACGUCCCUGCUGAUCCUGGUGCUGGUGGUGCUCAUUUUCGUGGUGCUGGUGGGGUAUUUUUUCAGGUUCAGGAGACACAGGAAAGCUGUGGUGAACUCCGGGGACAAGAAGAUGCCAAACGGGAUCUUGGAAGAGCAAGAACAGCAGCGGGUCAUGCUGCUCAGCAGGUCUCCCUCGGGCCCCAAGAAGUAUUUCCCUAUCCCAGUGGAAAACCUGGAGGAGGAAAUCCGGAUACGCUCGGCAGACGAGGGGAAGCUCUUUAGAGAAGAGUUUAAUUCAUUAACGUCUGGAUAUGUGCAGGGAACAUUUGAAAUGGCAAAUAAGGAAGAAAACAGGGAGAAGAACAGAUACCCCAACAUCCUGCCAUAUGAUCAUUCCAGAGUGAUUUUGAGCCAAAUUGAUGGAGUCCCAUCUUCAGACUACAUUAAUGCAUCAUAUAUAGAUGGUUAUAAAGAAAAGAAUAAAUUUAUAGCAGCACAAGGACCCAAGCAGGAAACAGUCAAUGACUUCUGGAGGAUGAUCUGGGAGCAGAAAUCAGCCAUUAUUGUCAUGUUAACCAACCUGAAAGAAAGAAAAGAGGAGAAGUGUUUCCAGUACUGGCCUGACCAGGGCUGCUGGACGUACGGCAGUGUCCGUGUGUCGGUGGAGGACUGCGUGGUGCUGGUGGAUUACACCGUCCGCAAGUUCUGCGUGCAGUCGCUCCACGAGGGAUGCAAAGCUCCAAGGCUGGUCACACAGCUCCACUUCACCAGCUGGCCGGAUUUUGGGGUGCCUUUCACACCCAUUGGCAUGCUGAAAUUCCUGAAAAAAGUCAAAACCUUGAAUCCUGCCCAUGCUGGACCGAUUGUGGUUCACUGUAGCGCUGGCGUGGGGCGCACGGGCACCUUCAUCGUCAUCGACGCCAUCAUCGACAUGAUGCACGCCGAGCAGAAGGUGGACGUGUUCGAGUUCGUCUGCAGGAUCCGCAACCAGCGGCCUCAGAUGGUUCAGACUGAUAUGCAAUAUUCCUUCAUUUACCAAGCCUUACUCGAGUACUACCUCUACGGUGACACAGAGCUGGAUGUGUCAUCCCUGGAAAAACACCUCCAGACUUCCCACAAUGCAGCCCCAAACCUGGUCAAAAUAGGGCUGGAAGAGGAAUUUAAAAAGCUGACCAACGUGCGGAUCAUGAAGGAGAACAUGAGAACUGGCAACCUCCCAGCCAACAUGAAGAAAGCAAGAGUCAUCCAGAUCAUCCCCUAUGAUUUUAACAGAGUGAUUCUGUCCAUGAAAAGAGGGCAGGAGUACACAGACUACAUCAAUGCUUCCUUCAUAGAUGGAUAUCGGCAGAAGGAUUAUUUCAUUGCCACCCAGGGCCCCCUGCCCCACACGGUGGAGGAUUUCUGGAGGAUGGUGUGGGAGUGGAAGUGCCACACCAUCGUGAUGCUCACCGAGGUCCAGGAGAGGGAGCAGGAAAAAUGCUGCCAGUACUGGCCAUCAGAGGGCUCUGUGACUCACGGAGACAUCACGGUGGAAAUAAAGAGUGACAGCCUGAUGGAUGCCAUCAGUGUGAGGGACUUCCUGGUUACAUAUAAUCAGAGCAACCAGGAGAAGCAGAGCAGGCUGGUGAGGCAGUUCCACUUCCACGGGUGGCCGGAGAUUGGGAUUCCCUCCGAGGGCAAGGGCAUGAUCGACCUCAUUGCGGCCGUGCAGAAGCAGCAGCAGCAGACAGGGAACCACCCCAUCACUGUGCACUGCAGUGCUGGAGCGGGGAGGACGGGGACCUUCAUCGCCCUCAGCAACAUCCUGGAGCGGGUGAAGGCCGAGGGGCUCCUGGACGUGUUCCAGGCUGUGAAGAGCCUGAGGCUGCAGAGGCCACACAUGGUGCAGACACUGGAACAGUAUGAAUUCUGCUACAGAGUGGUACAAGAUUUCAUCGACAUCUUUUCAGAUUAUGCUAAUUUCAAAUGAGAACUCUGCCUUAUUUUUUAAUUUGUCUGUAUAAAUAGUUGUAUAUUAUGUUAAUUUAUUCCGUGUCACUUGGAUUGUUGGCUGAACUGUAAAUACAACGUUGUGCUGGCUCUAAAAGUUGCAUUUGCUGUAUAAAGUUGUUUCUUAAAUAUAAAUAUCUUCUAAAGCAAAGUAUAAUGUUCCUAUACUGUAUAGCACUGUAAGAUGGGAUAGAAAUCUUUAUUCUAAAUAACAAAAAAUUAAUUCUCGGGGUUUUUUUCCUUUGUAUUUUGCCACUCAUAAAUAUUUAUCAACAAUGUUCUCUCAAUUCUUGAUUUUUUUUGACAGGUGAUUUACAGUUCAUCCUAAAAAACUUGGAUUUUGGUUCACCUGUUUAAACAUUUUUUGUUCACCAGGAAAAUAAGUAUUUAUUUUUCCAGGCUGUUUUAAAGACCCUCCAGCUUUUGUUGGAUUUUGAGUCUUACUGUCCAUAGGAUAAAGUCAGUAGAAAUACAGAUUGGAAUUUUUGAAUUAACAGAACCUUCAAAGCCCUGUUAAUUUGGUUUUUUAUUUGCCAGAUACUGUUUAAAUCAACUUAGAAAGGCAAUAAUGUGAUUUUUAGAAUAUUUUGCAUAUUUGAAAAGUAUAUUUUGCAGCGCCUGAACUUGUCUGCUUGAAGAGAAAAGCCAGAAAUGGAAUUAAAAACUUCCCUUUUCUGUAAACACCUGCAUAAUUUCCCACUUCUUUGAAGUAAGAGAUGGACUCUUAUUCCUUGAUUUGACUCAGCAGGAUAAUGAAGAUGUAAAAAUUGGAAAAAACAUUUUGUGAACAGUUUAAUGCCAGAAACAUUGAGUACUGUAGCAAAAGUUCCUCCAGGUUUUUUACCCUCCCAGAACUGUUACCAGAAAAGGACUUCCCAUAAGGGGUUUAGGGUUGUGUACAGAGAUAUAUUUUUACUGAAGUACUGCUGAGAAUAGAGUUGGUGACAGAAAAUAUAGAAGAUUUUACUACAGCCCUGACCAGGGGCUGGAAAAUCCCCCAAAUCACAGGGCACCUGAAUGUUGAAUAAUUACCAAGUUUAUAUUUCCCACUCUUCCAUCUCUGACUUAAUGAGCACAAAGGGGUGAAUCUGUAAUUAAUUCCAUAACGAAUAUGCAACAGUUCUGUCUCGUCCAGCCGGGCUUUGGCCAUGCAACAUCAGAGCCUUAUUUAAAACAAACAGCUUAAACUGAGCUUUUCCCUGCUCUUCUUGCACUAUUUUAUCCCAUUCCAGUAUAAUCUCACUGCACCUUGGAGCAAUGCAAAGGGACAGGAAGGUGUUCCCAGGUCUCCUUCCAUUCCAUCCUGGCUGGAAAAGGUUUGGGAUGGGAAUUCCUGAGCACCCAGUUCCCACAGUGCCCUUGGCUGUUCUUGUCUUCCCGUCGCUGCACUCCUGUAUUUAUUUGUACAGUAAAUUAUGCACAAAACAAGAUUGUUUAAAGACUAAACCUCGCUCGUGAGUCUCUAUGAGAAGAAACCCUCAAGCCACAGGGCUGGGUAGUGAAAGUGGAGCUGAGGAAGGGCAUGUUCCUGAAAUUCCAUCCAAAUUGCAAGAGCCAGGAUAAAUUCAGCCUGGAAAUUAUGAAGUGGAGGUUCAGUCUGAUUUAUAGCACAGGAGACUCCCAGAGGUAGGAGAAUAAUGCAAAGAAAUUCCCAUUUUCUGAUCCUGAUGUCAGGAUCUUUCCAACCGUGUAGCCAGCAUUUGAAUAACAAUAGUAAUAAUAAUUUGUCUGUUGGGCAGAUUUUGUUGCGUCCCUGAGGUAAAAAGGGUUGAGUUGUCCAUGAAGUCAAUCUCCAUGGCAGGGAGACUCCAAAAGGUUGGAGAAUAAUGCAAAGGAAUUCCCAUUUUCUGAUCCCGAUGUCAGGAUUGUUCCAACCAUUUAGGGGGCAUUUGAAUAAUAAUAAUAGUAAUAAUAAUUUGUCUGUUGGGGAGAUUUGUGGGCCCCUGUGGUAAAAACUGGAGUUGUCUCCUGAAGUCAAUCUCAGUAGAUUGCUCCAAAAGGUUGGAAGGUUAAGGAAUUUCCACGUUGUGAUCCUGAUGUCAGAUCUCUCUGACCAUCUAGCCAGCAUUUGAACAAUAAUAAUUUGUGUUUUGGGGUUUCUGGGGUCUCUGAGGUAAAACCUCGUGUUGAGUUGUCCGUGGGGUCAAUCUCAGAGCAGCAGUGAUGGCGUGUGAGGGUGUGGGGCUCCCACAGCCCCCAGGAGCUGCAGCACAACUCCAGCUGCCCACUGAAGGCCUCCCUACACCAGGAGCAGGGUAGAGUUCAGCUGGAACACCAAAUCCUCGGUGGGUACUCGGAUUUUAGUCGAUAACCAGAUGGAGAUAUGGAGGAGGAAAGAGAAAUGCCUAAAAUACAAUUCCGAGUUCACAGCUGUGGCUCCAUGAAGGUUUCUGUGGAAUUUGCAGAGCUCCCUUGGCAGUCGUUGGGUGCACUCCGUGGCUGGAGCUCUGGGGUUUGUCAUGGUGGAUUGGAAUUUUCCUUUGAAUCUCCGUCCGUUGCAUGGAAUUCCUUUAAAAGGCCAAAUAGUUGGAUUGGAAGUGUCCUUCUGAUCUGUCUUGGUUUUGGUCACUGUGUGACUUUGUGUGUUCAGAAGGUCCCAGCUCAGCGUUUAAGCGUUUGCUUCCCAACAUCCUCAUCCCACAAUCCAUGGAGUGCCAUGGACUCCCUGUUCCCAAAGCAACCCCUUAAAAGUGCUUGGCUGACUUGGGCCUUAAUGAAGAAUGCAUACUGUAAUUAGCUGUGUUUUUUAGGCUAUUUUUAUGUAUUUUUUAAACUUUUAAAAUGAGCCUGACCACCCCGUGUUGUCUUUUGAAAUGUUUGCGUUUCCCGUUUUUCAUGUAAAGUUCCUUGAACUUUUCUGUAUAACCAAAAUGUAUUUAAUUUGUCAAAUCUUUAUAAUAUAUAUAUAUGUAUGUAUUAUACAGUUUCAGCUCUUAUUAUUUUCUUUUCUUACGUUUCUAAUUUGAUCUUGCUGUGUUUUUAAUGCCGGUGAAUGUGGCUGAAUUAUUUGUAUAUGCAAAUUGCAAGAUCUAAUACAUUCUGAUGCAAGAACAAAGCUUCUUUUUUAUUCUCCACCUGCAUUAUUUCCUUUAAAUCUUUUAAUUUCAUGCCUGUGUUGUGUGUUCAUUUGAAUUUAGCAUUCUAAAAGAGUUGAAAUCCAUUAUCUAGAUAAGUAAUUUUUCUGUGCUUAUCUGCAGCUGUUUGGGAGUAAAAUUCUGUUUUA